AGCAACCCUGCUUGCACUUUGGUUCAUUUCUGAUACACUCAGUCAUACCUGAGCAGGCUUUUCAAAUCCGCUUCUUAUAAUUAGACUUCAGGGAUGCCCGAGUUCAGCGAAGAAGACAUUGCCGAGGAGGAGAAACAGUUUGCCAACGUUAUCGCCACCUUCCAGCAAUACGCAUCCUACUCCCUAGCAGCGAACAACCGCCGGCGCAAGGACGUCUACACGCUCCCACAGGCCGAUCGCGAGGCCCUUCUGAAGCUCGGAUACCUCAACAAGCUCAAGCAGGUCGACGAGGCUAUCAUCGCUAACGCUCAGUUUCUGGGAGAUAUCAUUGCGGAUUCAGACAUCUUUGGGCCUGGCGUUGGCUCGGAGGAUGGCUACGAGGAUGGAGUAGGGGAGGAACUGGCGGAGGACGGUUCUCAAUCCCAGCACCAGCUAGAGGCUAGCCGAGACCCUCGCAUCCGCCCGCAGGGGCAGCACUCACAUGCGCACGACCACCCGCCAGCGCCCAGUCACUCUCAUUCGCAUUCGCACUCUCACCCUCACUCACAUCAGCACUCGCAUUCGCACGAUGGCGGACCACGGAAGCCGCACAAGGCAACGGAUGGGGACAUGGACAAGGUCCGGAGCACGCUCAAGCAGUUCGUGCGCGACUGGAGUGUCGAGGGUGAAGCAGAACGUGAGGCGAGCUACAAGCCCAUGACGGACGCUUUGCUAGAGUACUACAAGCACAAAACCCCUGAGGAACGGAAGAAACUACGCGUUCUGGUUCCCGGUGCAGGGCUGGGCAGGCUUGCAUGGGACGUCGCCAAGCUUGGCUUCUCCUCGCAAGGCAACGAAUUCUCCCACUACAUGCUCCUCGGCUCGUUCCUCAUCCUCAACCGCACGAAUACCGUCAACCAACACACAAUCUACCCCUACACGCACAGCCUUUCCAACGCCCGCAACCGCGACGCAGCGCUCCGAGCUGUGCAAAUCCCCGACGUCCUGCCAUCUACGCUUCCGGACGGGAUCAAGUUCGAGCUUAUCGCAGGCGACUUUGAGGAGAUCUAUGGCGCGGACGAAGACCCCGCCUCAAUGAUAAUGGAGCCGACGGAAGAUGGAAUCCCGCCAGAACCGCACGCAGGUCUGUGGGACGCGAUUAUGACGUGUUUCUUCAUCGACACUGCCAAAAAUAUCGUCAACUACCUCCGCAUCAUCCACCGCAUUCUCCGCCCAGGCGGGGUGUGGAUAAACCUUGGCCCGCUCUUGUGGCACUGGGAGAACAACAGUACGAGUGACCCGUCGAUCGAGCUCGGGCUGGACGAGGUGCUCGAGCUUGCAAGGGGGAUCGGGUUUGAGAUUUUAGAGGUGAAGACGAUCAACUCGCCUUACACGUCCAACAAGGAUAGUAUGCUUGGCUACGUAUACCAUGCCGCCUUCUGGACGGCGACCAAAAAAGCUAAACCCGAGAGGGCGUCCGGGUUAUCAUCAGCUCCAUAAUGUCGAUCAGUUGGCGGAGAAGAGAGUAAUUAACCAUAGAUAGCAGCUGUAUCUUGUACUGCAUGUGGCUCGAGCGUUCGAGGUCCUUGAUUGUGUCCUCCAAACUAAAAUACGAUUGCC